CCUCCAGGUUCUUGUAAGCUCUGGAGGCCAUGAGCCUUGAGAAGCGACAACAGCAUUGUGCCUUCAUCUCUAUACCUCAAACAUGGCAGCAGACACGAGAAACAACUCCUUCUCCUUCUCCUGCUUUAACCCACGCUUCUCAUCCUCCCAUGUCAUCACCCCAACACAACUCCUCUCCUCAUCUUCCUGCUCUUUCCUUCUCUCCUCCACUCCAUGGUCUCCUGAGGUUCCUCUUGGUUCUCCUGGCCUCCCUGUGCUUACUGCCCCACCCAACCCAGGGAGCCUGGUUUCAGGUUGGGGUGGUGGGGCCUUGGGGGUGUGACCCUCUGUUUGCCAAGGCCCUCCCCAGCGUGGCAGCACAGCUCGCCGUCAACCGCAUCAACAAGGAUCCAUCACUGACCUACGCUGCAACGUUUGAUUAUGUUGUGCUGCAGGAGUCAUGUGAGACAUCGAGGGCACUGGAAGCAUUUGUGGGUUUCCAAACCAAGGCCUCAGGAUUCAUUGGACCAGCCAACCCCGGCUACUGUGAUGCUGCUUCAUUACUGAGCAAAGGCUGGAACAAAGCAUUGUUUCCUUGGAGUUGUGUUGGCUAUGAGUUGGACGAUGUUCGGAGUCACCCGACCUUUGCCCGCUCCAUGGCAAGGCCCACAUGGGUGCUGCUCCGCGUCAUGAACUACUUCAGGUGGGCCCACGUUGGCAUCAUCUCUUCCACAGAAGACAUCUGGGUGGAGACAGCCACCAAGGUAGCUGAUUCCUUGAGAAGCCAUGGUCUGCCGGUCAGACUGGUCAGUUUUGUGGAGAACACACCUCACGGUGUCAGGCGAACUCUGUCCAAGCUUCGCAAGAUGAGAGAAAUACGGGUUGUGAUCCUGUGCAUGCACUCGGCACUGAUUGGCGGUGGACUCCAGAAGCUCCUGUUGGAAACGGCCUACGACAUGCAGAUGAUCGAAGGCUCCCUGGUCUUUUUUCCCUACGACACCUUGCUCUACAGCCUUCCCUACCUUAACAUCUCCUACCCAGCCCUGAAGAGCAACAGCAAACUGCUGCGAGCCUACGAUGCUGUGCUGACCAUCACUAUCAACUCACCCCAGAUGUCUUUCUACGAGGCCUACAGAGAGGCCAUGGAUAGGGGGGAGGUGGCGAGGACACUGAAACCACAGCAGGUGUCUCCUCUCUUUGGGACCAUCUACAACUCGGUCCUCUUCAUGGCUCAUGCAGUGCAUCAGGUUCGGCAGUCUAGGCAGUGGAUGUCUGGUGGAAACCUGGCAAGACACACCCGCAACCUGGACUUCCAGGGCUUCAGCCACCCAUUCAAAACCAACAGCUCUGGAGCUGUUCUGCUGGACUACCUCAUACUCGACACAGAUGGACUCUCCUGGGAGCUGAAACCAGCAUACAGGAUUGAGAUGGAGGCCGGUAUUGUGCACUUCCUGGGUCGAGACAUCCACUUCCCUCGAGGCUCUGGACCCAGGAAGGACUCAUCCUGCUGGUUUACCCCUGGAGUCAUCUGCUCAGGGGGUGUGGAUCUGUUCAUGACCAUCAGGAUGUUUGUAGGGAUGAUCUCCGUCUCUGUUUUUGUUGUGGCGCUGACUUACUGCAUCAGGCGACGCAUCAAUCAAAUUCGAAUGGUCAAAGGUCCAAACAAGAUCUUGCUGACUCUGGCUGAUGUCACAUUCAUAAACCCAUCGCUUAGCAACAAGAAGUUGAGUCUGGAUGACAGCAGAGCCAGCGGCAUGAGGAGCAUAUCAGAUCGCAGCAUUACCUCACCAGUCUCCACCCAAUCCCCGGCCACAUAUGAGAACUCCAAUGUUGUAAUUUAUGAGGGUGACUGGGCUUGGCUGAAGAGGCUUCCAGAUGGGCUGUUCAGCAGAAUCACCCCCAAAACCAGUGAUGUGUUUGAGCUGAUGAAGGACAUGCGUCAUGAGAACGUCAACCCCUUCCUGGGCUUCUUUCAUGACUGUGGCGUGUUCGCCAUUGUGACCGAGUUCUGCUCCAGAGGAAGCUUGGAGGACCUGUUGCUGAACGAAGACGUCAAACUUGACUGGAUGUUCAAGUCCUCUCUGCUGCUGGAUCUGAUUAAGGGUAUGAAGUACCUCCACCACCGCGGAGUUUCCCACAGUCGUCUGAAGUCCCGUAAUUGUGUGGUGGAUGGCCGAUUUGUCCUGAAGGUCACAGAUUAUGGCUACAAUGAGGUUCUGGAGUCUCAGAAGUUUCCUUACAUUGAACCACCUGCAGACGAGUUACUGUGGACGGCUCCAGAGAUCCUGAGGAGUGGGCAGGCAGGGCUUCACGGGACUUUGCAUGGUGACGUGUACAGCUUUGCCAUCAUCAUGCAGGAAGUGGUGAUCAGGGGGCCACCAUUCUGCAUGCUGGACCUCUCUGCUGCAGACAUCAUAGAGAGGCUCUGUAAGCCUCCUCCACUCUUUCGCCCGGUGGUCAGUCCAGACUAUGCUCCAUUAGAGUGCAUCCAGCUGAUGAAACAGUGCUGGAAUGAACAACCAGACAAGAGACCCUGCUUUGAUGAGAUCUUUGACCAGUUUAAGAACAUCAACAAGGGGAAGAAGACCAACAUCAUAGACUCCAUGCUGAGGAUGCUGGAGCAGUACUCAUCUAACCUGGAGGAGCUGAUCAGAGAACGAACGGAGGAGCUGGAGAUCGAGAAACAGAAGACGGAGAAGCUGCUGACACAGAUGCUGCCUCCAUCUGUCGCAGAGGCUUUGAAGGUCGGCGGUACAGUCAAACCAGAGUAUUUUGACAACGUGUCGCUUUAUUUCAGCGACAUUGUUGGGUUCACCACCAUCUCAGCCAACAGCGAACCCAUCAACGUGGUCGACCUGCUCAACGACCUCUACACGCUUUUCGACGCCAUCAUAGGAAACCAUGACGUCUACAAGGUGGAGACGAUUGGUGACGCUUACAUGGUGGCAUCUGGUGUCCCUGUCCCCAAUGGCAACCGUCACGCUGCAGAAAUAGCUAACAUGGCUCUUGACAUCCUGAGCGCUGUGGGAACUUUCAAAAUGAGACAUAUGCCUGAUGUUCCUGUCAGGAUACGCAUAGGAUUGCACACAGGUCCAUGUGUAGCAGGUGUGGUGGGUCUGACCAUGCCUCGAUACUGUCUAUUUGGAGACACAGUGACCACUGCCUCUCGUAUGGAGUCCACUGGGAUGCCCUACAGGAUCCACGUCCAUCAUAGUACAGUGAAGGUCUUGAAGGACCUAAAUCUUGGCUACAAGGUAGAAUUAAGAGGCAGGACAGAAGUCAAGGGGAAAGGAAUAGAGGAGACCUACUGGCUCGUAGGGAGAGAUGGGUUUACCAAACCUUUGCCUGUUCCUCCAGAACUCAAGUCUGGUCGCAGCAUCAGUAUCGCAACAGACGGGUCAAAGGAUGUGAAGCAGGUGUUUCACAAGGCCGUGAAGAAGAUCGCUCACGUCCGCGUCGUGACUCAGCUCUACUCCACUGAAGACGAGGACAAUGUCAUGUUGUCGCACCACUGACCUGACCUGCAGUUCACAAAUCUACCUGGACUGCACCUGUCGUUCACUGCUAGUCCUGGUGGACUGAGACAAGUAUAACUUUACCUCAGUAUUUUCAUGGAAAAUCAUCUUGAUAUUUCCUCUUUACCAGUGAUCAUCCAUUGGGAAAAUUUAACAGGAGCAGAAAGGGGCUGAAGUGAAAGUGUUAGUUCAGAUUAACACCAAUCACUAUGUGUGUGUGUGUGUGUGUGUGUGUGUCUGUGUGCAUUAACGGCUUGAGUUGAGGAGAUGAAGUCUUGUGUGGGACUAUGUAUUGAGGCUGGUGGUGACUCAGCAAAGCAGGGAUCUACAGAAACUGCCUGUCAGCAGCCGAGGAACGCAGCUAAUCUCCGGUUUGUUUCCUCCUCCUUUGCUUCCCUGUCUCUCCAUCUGAGGAGAGGAGACAGAAACAGGAGGAAAGGGAAACCGAGGCGAAGAGGAGGUUAAAUAGAGAGGUGAGAGGGUGGAGGAGGCAGGAAAAGAUGGCUGCCCUUUGCUUUCACCACCUUCUCUCCACUCUGCAUCCAUAUUGACCUUGUUAUUAAUGUGAUCUCAUUGGAUUAUGUGGUGGAUUCUUUC